ACUACCAGCCUCCUAUUAGCCCGAUGUCCCUGUUCUAUCUGCGUAACCCCAUGUCAUGGCGCCGCGCAGAGGCUACGAUACGUGACCUAUGACUUUUGCAGUCACCGACACAACUGGUCACAUAGACGGCGCGAGCGACUCCUUUGCAAAGUGCCCGAACUGCCAAGUAUCUCCUUUCCCGAUGAUCGCACUUGCUUUGCCAUUUCCCCUCGUUCCGUUCGUUUCCAUGCAAAUACGCACGGUUGUCGCCGUCCGUCGUCGCCAUCAGCCCGUCAAGCCGGAGUAGCCUGGCUAGUAGCCUGGGCGACCGACUGAUCGACCUCGAGUGUUGGCUAUCUCUUGUCUCCCCACACCUACGUCGAGUUGGUUUUCAAAAUCAAUAAAUCCCAUAAAAACAAGAGCAGCUGUCACGCUCAGCUAUCCCCUUCCUCGCAGCCCUAGCGACCCAGCCAGCACUCGCAUCUGUUACUGCUGUCGGGUCGAAUAGAAGGCGCACGCCUACACUCGCAUUGAGAGCUCAACCACGCCGCCUCACACGGCGCAUUCUUAGUUUCGGCCCAGCAGUAGGCGAGAAUCUAGUGGUAGUUACACGGCUCUUGGCCGUCGCGCAAGACGACUCCAUGCUUGACCGCAGUUGGCGAAUUCCGCCAGUUUCGACCAGACGAUUCCGCCACAGUUUCGCCACAUGUAACAAGGCGAUAGCUGUUUUCGCCAACACGAGCACGGAAAUUGGAGAGGCUGGGUAGCAUGCGAGCCCAGGGCGAACUGUCGAAUCGAAAUCACGAUGCGAGAUAAGGAUGCGUCAUAGAGGGAGUCACUCCCGAUAGAGAGUCGAGAUAAGAAGGCGAAGACCUUAGCUGUCUUUUUGCAGUUCCCCGAGCUCUGAAGCAUCCGCCAGCGAGCGCUAGCUAGGCGCUGCUAGCUAGCUCAGGGUUUCUCGGUUGUAAUUUCUGACAGGUGUGGCAGUGGCCAGGGACGAUGUUACAGGGUGAUUGUACCGAGAGGCAGCCGACCACAUCGUGGUGGCGGUGACACUAUCGGAGGAAGGCCGUGGGCUCAUCCAAUGGACGAUCAGCCGAUGCCAACCGGGUGACGUCAUCUACGUCCUCCACGUCAUCGUGCCGCCCACCGAUGGCGCGCAGCCCCCGCGGCUGGAGGAGAUGCGGGAGGACCAGCGGCGGAAGCUGGAGAUCUUCUCCGCGCUGCUGUGGGGCUUCGAGGCGCUGUGCGCGGAAAAGCGCGUGGCGGCGUCGGUGCGCGUGGUGCACGGCCCGUGCGAGCAGCAGACGCUGCUGGACGAGGCGCUGCUGCUGCGCGCCACGCGGGUGGUCAUCGACAAGGACGGAAUGGGGCGGCGCUUCUCCCCGCGCGCGCUGGAGCAGCGCCUUCCGCCCGCCUGCAUGGUGCUCUUCGUUGGCGGCGGGCGCCUGGCGCUUGCCAAGCGGGGGAAGGGCGGAAUGGGCGCGGCAGCGGGCGCAGCGGAGAGCACGGAUGCUGAGACCCGCGCAACAGGCGACGCCACUCCCAACGGCCACCGCCCGCUCUACAUCCCCCUUAUGCGGCUCUUCGGUAGCGGCAAAGACAGGGACGGGUACAAGGAACAGGCAAGCGCUGCGAAGGGCGGAGAUAGUGAGAAGGCGAAGAUCGCUGCUCGGGAGAGAGUGCGGGAGAGGGAGAAGGCAAGGGAGCGAGAGAGGAGGGGAGGAAUGUACGGCGAGCGGGAGAAGGGAGGGGAAGGGAAGGGCAUAUUCGAUGCUGCAGCAACCACUGCCUUGAGUUCUGCUCGGUCCACCAGCAGCGCCAUCGGUGGCAGCAGCAGGAGCAUGGGCGCGGGGGCGUCUCCAUACCCCACUGCGCGCAUUACCGUUGCUGCAGCCAGCAGCCAUGCGCACCCCAUGGGCGGGGGCAUCAGCCGCAGCGGACCCCUCGCGUACCAGCAUGCCUCAGUGGGCGGUGCAGGGAGCACGAGCCUGAGCGGACCACAGGAGCGAGCAGCAGCAGGUGCAGCGGGCACGGCCGGCGGUUGGGGCAGCUACCGCGGAGCAACUCGCUCACGAGCCUCAGGCAGCAGCCGGCCUCCAAGCCGUCCAUCGCUCAGCGCGCGCUCUCCCUGCUGCAGGGCGACGCCAUUCGCCCCUGGCAAGGCUCGCAGCGUCUGCAGCUCGCCUCGUGCCUCCUCCCCCCACUCCUCCUUCUUCUCCUCCUCCCGCCCCUCCUCCCCCCGCUCCUCCCGCCCGUCUUCCCCCCGCGCCUCCGCCUUCAACCCAUUCUUCCCCUCCUCCCCGCGCUCUUCCCGCCCCUCCUCCCCCCGCGCCACCACGUGCAACCCCAACUCCUCCCCCUUCAUCUCCCCCCGCUCCUCCGCAUCGAAUCCCUUCUUUUCCUCCUCCCCUCGUGCUGCCACUGCCGCCGGUGCUGCUGGAAACGGCUGGUUGGGGCAGCAUCAGGGGCACCAGCAGCAGCAGCAGCACCAGCAGCAGCAGCAGCAGCAGCAGCAGCAGCAGCAGCAGCAGCAAAAGCAGCAGCUGAGGCAGCAGCAGCGGCAGCAGCACAUGCAGCAGCAGGGGCAAGCAGGGAGCAGAAGCGGUGAGCACGUGCCGAAAUGGCAGGUGCUGCGAUCGUCAAUCACAGCCAAACAGCAGCCGCAGCAGCAGCAGCAACAGCAGCCGCAGCAGCAGCAGCAACAGCAGCAGCAUCAGAUGACAGACGGGUCACGCUCGUUUGAGUCACGUUCGGCUGCAGUCACCCCCAGGCACAUGCACGUGCAGCGGUCAGCAUCAUUUGCGGGGGUGAGCGCUGUGGCUGCUACCCUAGCGCAGCAGCUGGGGUGGGAGAACGAGAGAGAGGGGGAGGAGGAGGAGGAGGAGAGGAAGGCGAGGGAGCAAGUGAGGAAGGGGAGGGUGGUGGGUGAGGGGGCGGGGGAGGAGCAGCAGGCGCUGAGCGAGCUGAGCGAACGGCUGGUGAGGCUGCAGCAGCAGCAGCAGCAGCAGCAGCAGAAAGAGCAGGGCGAGGGAGGGGGAAAGGGGAACAAAGCAGCUUCAGGGUCAGACAAGGCAGCAUCUAGUGAUGUGAGGACACGUGGCAGGUGGAAGCUGCCAGGGAAGGAGUGUGAGGUGGAGGCUAGUGAGGCGGAGGAGGGGCGUGUGGGGCGGAGAGAGCGGGGGGUGAGAGGGCGGGAAGGGAAGCUGAGUUUCUACGUGGGCCAAGGGCCGCAGGAGGAGAGCAUCCUCAGAGCUCACACCGCUCGUGCUGCUGACAGUGCCAAUGGUGCUAUUGACGGCCAUGCAGCUGGCCGUGUUGAGAGCGUCGACUGCAUUGACUGGGCCAACCGCUGUGACGUGGAAACUGCGUCAUCCUCCUCCUCUUCCUCUUCGGAAGCUUCUUCUGAACACGGGGAUGCCAAUAUCGGGGAUCAAAUGGAUGAUGCGAUACAGGGCACAGUGCAUCACUGUAGCUUCCCUCUUAUGGAUGCUUCUGAUGCCGCUCAGCCUGUUCUCGAGUCUUUCUGCUCGGAUAUAUCAGCCACGUCAGCUGCCACGUCAUCCUCCGCGUUCUCCUCCCGCUCAGGGGCGUCCUCCCAUUGGACGGACAUUCCCAGCAGCGGCUCCCUUUCAAUCCCAAACUGCCACGUGUCACAGCAAACACACCCUGGCAACAACAACAGCAGCAGCAGCAGCAAGAAGAAUGGGAGCAGUGGCUAUCUAUCAGAUUCGGCUCUGAUCCCUAGGGCACCUGGCGCUACACCAGCACCACCUGGGAAUUCACCUGAAGUGCCACCGGCAGCAGUUAAAGGCGCAGGCCCCAAUGCUGUGUGCUCUGGAGGGAGAGCCGUUCAACCGAGCGGCAGAUCUCCCCUGGAGCCUCUCAGUGGCAACAGGAUGCCAUCAGGCGGGCGAGAGGGGGAGAACGGGAGGGGGGAAGGGAAGAAGGGGCAGGGGGCGGGAGGAGAGGGGGUGAAGCAGGAGAGGGAGGAGGCAGGGGAGGGGAAGGAGGGCGCCAGGUGUCCCAUUCUGGAAUUCAGCGCGCACAGGCCGCGCCAGAGGCACGGCCUGGGGGGGACAGUGGGCGGGUGGAGCGGGGCGGCGGGGCGGCGGCUGUCGGUGCUGAACAAGACCCGCGACCCACAGAGGGUGAGCCACCGGCUGGGAGGAGCGGAAUCGGGGAGUGAGAGUGAGAGGGAUUUGGGGAGAAGGGCGCCAGUAGAGUGGGGGAGUGAAAGUGAGAGGGAGUCAGGGAGAGUGCGAGGAGUAGAGAGUGGGAGCGAGAGGGAUUUGCACGCGCCUGCUGCGUGUUUGAUCGCUGGUGGUGGGAGUGAGUGUGGUGUGAGUGAGAGGGAUAGGGAGUGGGGGUUUGUGGUGCAGGCAGCGAGAGUGGGGGAGAGAGGUAGGGAGAGGGAGAGUGAAGAGGAGGGCUCAGACGGUCGGGUGUCUGAAAGGGGGUGCGAGGGGGAAAGGGAGAGGGAAGGAGGACGGGAGGGAGAUGGGGAAGAGAUGGAGGAAGCGAGUGAGGGGAGAGCGAGUGAGGGGAGAGCGAGUGAGGGGAGAGCGAGUGAGGGGAGAGCGCGUGAGGGGAGAGCGCAAGAGCAGAGCAGCAAGGAGGGAGACAGCAGCAAGGAGGGGGAGAGCAGCAGGGAGGGGGAGAGCAGCAGAGAGGCGGACAGCAGCACAGAGGGAGGGGGAGUGGGAGUGGGGCUGGACUCGCUGCCGAGUGUGCGGCAGCAGUCGCUGCCUCUCAGCCGCAGCUGCACCUCGCUGCUGCCCUCUAGGCGAGAGGGGAGGAGGGCGGUACCGGAAAUGCCUCAGAGAACGCCUCUGAGCUCCGUGGGAGGGGAUAGGAGCGUGCACGGAGGGGCGGUAGUGCGCAGUGCAGAGCUGCCUCGCAGCCGCAGUGGUGGCGGUGUCUCCAUGGCGUCGCCCUCCCCUGCCAUGCGGAGGAGCCUCUCCUUCACCCACGGAGCACGGCAUGCAGCGGCGGCGGCGGCGACAGGGCAUGUAGAAACGGCGACAGCAGCGGGAGCAGUGGCGGCAGCGCACGGGGAGGGAGGGAGCGGGGUGGCGGGCGUGGUGGGGUGGGAGGGGCCGUGGAGGAAGCUGAGGUGGCGAGAGGUGGAAGACGCCACUGAUGGGUUCGCCACGAGGAACCUUCUUGGGACGUGCGGCGGCUACAGCCGGGUGUACCGAGGCCGGUUACCAGGCGGGCAGCAGAUAGCAGUGAGAAGGGAGAUGCUCAACUGGUCCGCUGCUGCGGCUGCUAGUGGCGCUGGUGCUGAUGGUGGUGGUGAGGGUGGGGUUUUUGCUUGUUUUGGUGCUGUUCAUGGUGCCAGGCAAGGGGGUAGCCCACGUGGCAGUGUGCCACUGGCUGUAGAGCGCGGCCUGAGCAGCGAGGUGGCAGCUGAGCUGGCGGUGCUGGCGCUGCUGAGUCACCGCCACGUGGCGCACCUGGUGGGGGUGUGUGGGGAGCGGAGGGAGGAGGUGGCGCUGGUGUACGAGCACAUGGAGGGCGGCAGCCUCGAGACCGCCCUCAGGGGGAGCGCUGGGCCCUCUGAUGCUAACCCUGGCCCUCUCUCCUGGUCGGUCCGGCCAAUCAUAGCGCGCCAGCUGGCACUGGCCCUGCACUACCUUCACGAGGGGGCGCCCAGGGCUGUGGUGCAUCGGAACGUGCGGGCGGCGAGUGUGAUGCUAACGAGGGCAGGAGAGGUGAAGCUCUCAGAGUUCGGAUCGGCUCUCUUUGCUGCCGCCAACGAUGCGCCCAUGCAAGCGCCACUCGCCGGCAUGUUUGGCUACCUAGCGCCAGAGUACCUGUCACACGGGGUGGUGACCACGCGCACGGACGUGUUUGCGUUUGGAGUGGUGGCACUGGAGCUGCUGACGGGGCAGGCGGCCGUGGAUGAGAGCAAGCCCAGAGGGCACCAGUGCCUGGCGCAAUGGGCACGGCCUCUCAUAGAGGCAGGCAGGCUUCAUGACAUCGCGGACCCAGCCCUACUGGGCAGUUACCACCCGCACCAGUUCGCCCUGCUGGCCCGCAUCGCCCUGCUCUGCACCGAAAAGGACCCCUCGCUGCGACCCUCCAUGCUGCAGGUGCUGCACUUGCUAGACUCAGGUGUUUACGGUACCUUCGCCACAACAGCACAGCCGAUGACUCCGCUGCAUGCGCACACACCCCUUCAUGCUCGUUCCGUUCCAACAUAGGUUCGCCUCAUCCAUAGAAAACACGAUCCCCUAAUUUCGUUGUGGUAUGAGCGCGCCAUGUCUGGGUUCGCCAUCACUUCAUCCAUCUGCUCAAAGUCGCGCUGUUGGGCAACUCCAGCAUUGGGUUUUACCGUGUGUGCAUGUGCUGCACAGCUGCUGCUUACAUCCUGGAGGGUCUCUAAAGUUACAGGGUAUGUGGGCAACAAUUGGUUGGCUGGAUGUAUUUUAGGCAAGAAACGUUGAGGCAUGGGUGAUACGGGAGGCUUAAAGUGAAAGUAUACAAUAACUUCAAGGUUCAGAG